AUGCGUAUCUUCUCGUGCCACUUCUGCAGCGCUCCCGUCUACCCAAGCAAGGGAAUAACUUUUGUCCGCAACGAUGCCAAAGAGUUCCGUUUCUGCCGGUCGAAAUGCCACAAGAACUUCAAGAUGAAGCGUAACCCCCGUAAACUGAAGUGGACGAAGGCCUUCCGCAAGGCGGCGGGCAAGGAGAUGGUCGUCGACACCACAUUGACGUUCGCCCAACGCCGCCACGUGCCCACGCGGUACAGCCGUGACCUGGUCGCGAAAACGCUCACGGCUAUGCAGCGGGUCGAGGAGAUCCGGCGCCGCCGCGAGCGGGUGUUCUACCGCCAGCGCAUGUCCGGCAACAAGGAGAAGGAGCGCGCGGCGAACCGGAAGAUCGUCGAGGAGAACCAGCACCUGCUACAUCCGAGCCAGCGCACCGUCGUCGAGAAGCUCGAGAAGGACGUCGAGGGUAUGGAUCUCGAGAUGCAGAGCGACGUCGAGGUCGAGAGCGAAGAGGAGGAGGAGGUGCAGCUCGUCAAGGUCCCCGUCAAGGUCGCAAAGAACAAGAAGCAAAAGGUCUCCGCCCGCAUGGAUGUUGACUGA